AUGCUUAACGGGCAGAACGAGGGGAUUUACUUGCCCUGGAUAUAUCAUCCCAGCGAAGACGCGUGUCUCUUGGAGCUUGCACAGACUGCAGCCUUGGGUCUCGGCGCGGAUCCGGACCGGGUGGCCAAUGGUUUAAAGCUCUUUUCCAUCGAUGGUUUGCCCAUCAUGACAACAGAAGAGCUCCAUUUGCAUCGUAUUGCUCAUGUACUGCUAGAUGGGCAGCUGUGGGUCUGGCCAGGCGUUAAGGUGGCCUACGUUCGGGAGGUCGACGGCUGCACAGUUACGACACGGUCGCUUCAUCCCAAGGUAUUCACAGUAGAAGGCUUCUUCUCACAGGAGGAAGCAGAUGCCAUUAUUGCUGAGGGUGUCGACCACCUCUCUCGCUCUCCUGUCGAUAGUUCCGAAACAGAGGACGGAUACCACGCUGACCGGACGAGCUACACGGCGUUCCUAGACGACAGCCACUUCACACGCGAUUUCCGCGUACGAUCUUCACGUCUUGCUCGACUGCCAUCUCCUAGUUACACCGAGAACAUGCAGCUUGUGCGGUACGAAACGGGGCAAUUUUAUCGCAACCACGAGGAUUACUUUGAGUCGAAAGAGUUCGUUCCGAACAUAGCGUUGAGUGCUAACCAGUUUGAGGCGUGGAUCGAAUGGGCCUCGUCCAAAAUCGAAGAACUUUGCCGAAAGCAUGGUGACAAUAUCGUUCCUGCUGUGUUCCAACCUGGAGGUGCGAUCUUCAUGGAAGAUGCUGAGGCUGAUAAUUUCUUCUGGAAACACGCCGACUUGGAGUGGAGUGAAUGGAUUAACGAGAAUCUUAAACGGGGAGCAAAUAAUAUGAUGAUUCCGCUGCUGGAAGACAAAAGUUACAUGCUGCCAUACAUUGUGGCAUCAUGGGAGAAACGUGCUCAACGUCCCGAACUUGUUUAUCAAUUUCCCAAACCUCCGAUAAGUGGCAUUUCGCAAUACUUUAGAUGGAUACGUUGGGCAAAGGAAAGAGUACAGUUGCUAAUGGAUACGCAGCUUGAAGCUGUACCGAAAUGUGUGAGACCCGAAGGGCAAGACUACCCAACAUUUUACAUGAGUUUUCAGACACGUUUGGUAAACUAUCUCCUCGAAGACUACAGUCAGGAAUUCCUACUUGAAACAAUUACCGAGGAUCUGUACAAGUGGCUGGUUGAAAACAAGAAUAACGAUGAUACGUUGCUGGAAGUGCUGCGUAAUAGUCAAGCUGCGUUCGAUCUCGUGGUGAAGUCGUGGGUCAAGCGUGCUGGUGAUUUAUUUACCUACGAGAAACCCAAGUAUCUGUACCACUUUGAGCCGAAUCGUUUCGUGACGCUCUUCUUGUAUCUCAACGACUGUCCUGAAGGCGGUGAGACGAUCUUCCCGUACUCGAACGAGCGUCUAGUGACUGGAAUCGAGCGAGAGGGAAUGGACGAGUGCUCCGAUGGACUCGCUGUGCCACCUGUGAAGCUUACAGCGUCAUUAUUUUACGCGCAAACGCCCAUGAACGGCUUGGACCCGUCCAGUCUUCAUGGAGGUUGUCCGCCAGCUAAGGGCAUUAAAUGUACUCGGCGCCAACUCGUUCAUGUGGAAUGGCGACGCUGA